AUGAGUGCUCUCAUCCAGAUGCGUGAUUCAGCAGGUAAAUUCAUACAAGCUCGCGCUUUACUUGAUACCUGUGCAACAGCUAAUUUUAUUACUGAAAAUUUGACUAAUAAAUUAAAACUUCCUAUGCAAAAUUGUUCUAUUCCAAUCGGGGCUGUUAAUGGAAUGCAAACCCUUUCAAAACAUGUCGUACAAAUAAAUUGUAAAUCUUUAAACGAUAAAUUUCAAAGAACAUUGUCAUUUUUAACCGUUGAUGAAAUUGCAGAAUUAAGUCCGAAUGAAAUGUUUCCACGUAAUAAAAUAUGCAUACCUAAAAACAUAAUACUCGCUGAUCCACAAUUUCACAUACCAAGACCUGUAGAUGUCCUUAUCGGUUCAGGUACCACACUUUCUCUUCUAUCUGUCGGACAGAUUAAUCGCUCACAAAAUGAUUGUGAUUUAAUACUACAAAAAACACAACUGGGCUGGGUCGUAGCGGGGGGAGUCAAUAAUGAUAAAGAUGUAUUUCCUGUAACUUGUCAAUUAACUGAUCUAUCGAGUCAAUUAACCAAAUUUUGGAAUAUUGAAGACCUAGGUUCUAAUGAUUCUCGAUCCUUUGAUGAUUCUACGUGUGAGACCUAUUAUCAAAAUAACACUACUCGCGAUACUGACGGUAGAUACGUAGUAAAAUUACCCUUUCGCGUAGACGAUGUCGAUUUCGGAAAUUCUAAACAACUAGCUUAUAAAAGAUUUCUAUCCUUACAGAGGAGACUAAAUUCAGAUUCCUCAUUAAAGGCUGAAUACAUUAAAGUCAUGAACGAAUAUAUCGAUCUUGGCCACAUGGUACACGUACCGGAUGAUAGUGGACCUGGGUAUUAUAUGCCCCAUCAUCCGAUAAUUAAAACAUCUAGUACUACCACCAAGGUACGCGUUGUAUUUGAUGCUUCAGCUAAAACCGAUAAAGGUAUCUCAUUGAAUGAAGUUCUACUAACUGGACCUACUAUACAAGACAAUCUCUUCACUAUUAUUUUGCGUUUCCGCACCUUUGUUUAUGCUAUGACUUCUGACAUCGCUCAAAUGUAUCGGCAAAUCUGUAUUCAUCCGGAUCAUCACAAAUUUCAACGAAUUCUUUACUAUCAUAAUAACAAUAUUAGCACUUUUGAACUUAAACGAGUUACGUUCGGGGUUUCUGCAGCCCCAUUUUUAGCUAUACGCACCGUAAACCAACUUGCUGAUGACGAAUCUCAUAAUUUUCCUGUAGCUUCAAAAAUAUUAAAACGAGAUCUUUAUGUCGAUAAUCUACUAACUGGAUCUAAUUCUUUGACCGAAAUUUUAAAAUUGCGUGAUGAAAUCAUUCAACUGGUGCGAAAAGGUGGAUUUGAACUCAGACAAUGGGCUUCAAAUCAUCGACAUGCACUGGAUAAUUUCGAUCAAAGAACUUUAGAUUUAGAUUGUGCUAUCAAUGAUGAUCCAAUUUCUAAAACUUUAGGCAUUGCAUGGAAUUCUCUAACGGACGAAUUUAUUUACACAGUCAAACCAAUUGACUCGUCGCGAAAAAUAACUAAGCGAACCAUCUUAUCUGAUAUUGCAAAAAUUUUCGACCCUAUCGGAAUUCUGGGUCCUAUAGUAUUAGCGGCAAAAACUAUCAUUCAAGAAUGUUGGAAAUUAAAGGUCCACUGGGACGAAGCGGUCCCACAAGAGCUACAUUUACACUGGUGUAAAUUUGCUGAACAAUUACCUCUGAUUAAAGAUUUUUCUAUUGAGCGCAAUAUUUUACUUCCCAAUCCGACUGACAUACAAUUGCACGGAUUUUGUGACGCUAGUAAAGUGGGCUAUGGUGCUUGUAUUUAUAUAAGAUCAGUAAAUGAACGCGGAAACAUACUCACAAAAUUAGUUUGUUCUAAAUCUCGAGUUGCUCCCAUCAAAGAUGUUACAAUUCCAAAAUUAGAAUUAUGCGGAGCAUUAUUACUCGCUAAAUUAUAUAAAGACACAAUUCCCUCCUUUGACUUUGAUAUUUCUAAAGUUACGUUUUGGUCUGAUUCAACUAUUGUACUUCAAUGGCUCAAACGGUCUCCUAACUCUCUGAAGGUCUUUGAAGCAAAUCGCGUAACAAAAAUUCAAACUCUUUGCAGUAAAGUCGAAUGGCGACAUGUUAGAACCAAAGACAAUCCGGCAGAUUGUUUAUCUAGAGGUCAACUUCCUUCUGAAUUCUUAAAUAACAAAAUGUGGUUAGAAGGUCCCACGUGGCUCUCACAGGACUCUCUUAAUUGGCCUAACUUAAAGCCUGCUGUUCCUUUCGAACUUCCAGGUACUCGAAAAAUUACCUGUUUAUUAGCCACUACUGAGAAUUUGUUUAAACGAUUUUCAUCAUAUUCCAAACUUAUAAUUUCCCUUUCUUAUUGUUUACGAAUGUUAAAAAAUAAUGCCUUCAAAUACAAAUCUUUAAGCGUAGAAGAAAAAUUAUCAACUGAAAUAAAAAUCUUGACUAUGAUUCAAAACGAACAAUAUCAUUAUGAAAUCGAACAAAUUAAGGAAACCAGAGAGACUAAGAACUUACGAUUGCGAUGUCUCAAUCCAUUUAUCGAUUCAGAUGGACUACUGAGAGUAGGAGGUCGUUUGAAACAUGCUCCUAUAUCUUUUUCAAAGAAACAUCCUAUUUUAUUACCUUCACGUCAUUAUGUUACCGAUUUAAUUAUUAGAGAAACACAUGAAAAAUUAUACCAUUCAGGUAUACAGAGUACGCUUUCAAAUCUUAGACACAAAUUUUGGCUACUAGACGGUAAAAACCAGAUCCGUAAAAUUGUAAAAAAUUGUGUCACAUGCAUUCGACAUCAGCCUGUAAUACUGCAAGGUAAAAUGGCUAAUUUACCUAGAUCUCGAGUCACCGAAUCAGCGGCAUUUUCCCACAUGGGUGUAGACUACUUUGGACCGCUCUUUAUUAAAGAACGUAAAUUCAGAAACAGAACAAAAAUUAAAGUCUAUGGAUGCGUCUUUGUUUGCAUGACUACUAAAUCUAUACAUUUAGAAAUUGCUAGCGAUUUAACAACAGAAGGUUUUCUCGGGGCAUUUGGUCGUUUCAUUGGUCGACGAGGAGUUCCAACUCACGUCUAUUCGGACAAUGGUACUAAUUUUGUAGGCGCAAAUAAUCAAUUGAGAGAAUUGUAUGUGUUAUUUAAUUCAAAAUCCCAUCAAAAUUCCGUUAACGAAUAUGCUGUACGCAAAAACAUUAUCUGGACGUUCAAUCCUCCACUAUCUCCUCAUUUUGGUGGUAUUUGGGAAGCAGCUGUAAAAUCCUUCAAACACCACUUUAAACGAGUGGUAAAAGACCAACUUCUCACUUUCGAAGAAUUGAAUUCUCUAACCAUCCAAAUAGAAUCUAUACUAAAUUCUCGUCCUCUCUGUUCUCUAUCUAGUGAUCCUAAUGAUCCUAUUGCCUUGACGCCUGCUCAUAUUUUAAUAGGACGUCCUCUCACAAUGCUGCCUGAAAAUGAUUUUUCUGAUGUUCCAGAUAACAGACUCAAUGUUUGGCAAUUCAUUAUCAAGGCUAGACAAGACUUUUGGAGACGUUGGUAUUUGGAAUACCUCCAUGAACUUCAAAUUCGGCAAAAAUGGCAUUCCUCUCAAGGAGAAAUUUCAAUCAAUCAAGUCGUCUUAUUGAUGGAUAAAAACCAACCAUGUAUGCGGUGGCAGCUGGGAGUGGUGGUCGACAUUCAUCCAGGAGAUGAUGAUGUGACAAGAGUAGCUUCAAUCCGAACGGCUCAAAGGGAUAUACAAACGAAAUAUCACUCUACUAUGUCCUUUACCAAUCAAUUCUUGAAUUUUAUAAAAUCAAAACAUUGUAAUCAUGUAAUGUAA